GCGAAGCCCCGCCCCCGCCACACUUUACGGCCCCUCGCGCGCCACUUUUGCUGCAGAAGCUCCUGCUGCCCCUGAAGCCGCUGCUGCUGCGGGUGAGGCGAGCUCCGGUCCCGUCUGCGCUGCAGCAGGGAGGCCGCCCGGCCCGGCGAGCCGAGCCAAUGCUGGAUCUGGAGGUGGUGCCCGAGCGCUCUCUGGGGAACGAGCAAUGGGAAUUCACGCUGGGAAUGCCUCUGUCUCAGGCAGUAGCCAUUCUUCAGAAGCAUUGUCGCAUCAUCAAAAAUGUCCAGGUUCUCUACAGUGAGCAGUCUCCUCUAAGCCAUGACCUCAUCCUUAACCUGACUCAGGACGGGAUCAAACUACUGUUUGAUGCUUUCAAUCAAAGACUUAAGGUGAUUGAAGUAUAUGACUUGACUAAAGUAAAAUUAAAAUAUUGUGGAGUGCAUUUUAAUUCUCAGGCCAUAGCUCCCACCAUUGAACAGAUUGAUCAGUCUUUUGGUGCAACCCAUCCUGGAGUGUACAACUCUGCUGAACAGCUCUUCCACCUCAACUUCAGAGGACUAUCUUUCUCUUUUCAGUUAGAUUCAUGGACAGAGGCUCCCAAAUAUGAGCCCAAUUUUGCCCAUGGCCUAGCUUCUCUCCAGAUACCCCAUGGAGCAACUGUGAAACGAAUGUACAUCUACAGUGGAAACAGCCUACAGGAUACCAAGGCUCCUGUGAUGCCCCUGAGCUGUUUCCUGGGCAAUGUGUAUGCUGAGAGUAUAGAUGUUCUUCGAGAUGGAACUGGACCUUCAGGUUUACGGCUUCGCUUACUUGCUGCAGGUUGUGGACCUGGCUUAUUAGCAGAUGCCAAGAUGCGGGUAUUUGAACGUUCAGUAUAUUUUGGUGAUUCCUGCCAAGAUGUUCUUAGCAUGCUUGGCUCUCCCCACAAAGUGUUCUAUAAGUCAGAAGACAAGAUGAAAAUUCAUUCUCCUUCCCCUCAUAAGCAAGUUCCAGCCAAGUGCAAUGACUACUUUUUUAACUACUUCACUCUUGGAGUGGACAUCCUCUUUGAUGCAAAUACACACAAAGUGAAGAAAUUUGUCCUACACACCAAUUACCCUGGGCAUUAUAAUUUUAACAUUUAUCACCGCUGUGAGUUCAAGAUCCCACUAGCUAUAAAGAAAGAAAAUGCUGAUGGCCAGACAGAAACAUGCACAACCUACAGCAAGUGGGACAACAUCCAGGAGCUCCUGGGUCACCCUGUGGAGAAGCCUGUUGUCCUGCACAGGUCCUCCUCCCCAAACAACACCAACCCAUUUGGCUCCACAUUCUGCUUUGGUCUUCAGCGGAUGAUCUUUGAGAUCAUGCAGAAUAACCACAUUGCCUCAGUGACCCUGUAUGGCCCCCCCAGACCUGGUGCCCAUCUGAAAACAGCAGAGCUCCCCUAGGGACAUCACCACCCAUGCCCCUCUGCCCUGUGGAACUGUGCAUCGCAUCCUUUUCAGUGGGCCUCCAAGUGCCGCCCUGUGGGUUUUCUUGGACACCUUGCCAGUGUUGAAGGGCUGUUGUGAUGUUCUGAGGGGGGACUCAGGCAGGGUCCUCUGCCAUGAGGUGAGAGGCCCAAAUAUUCCUCUGUCCAUCCUCAGCCUGAUGGUGCCAACAAGGAACAGACUGCAAAGAGAAGCACAAACUCUGAGCCUUGAUACCUGGACCCAGGAGCUCUCGACUAGCAUAUAAGGAGGCAGAGUUCUGUCUCCACAAGGCUCUGUGACUGAGGACACAGGCACCCAGGACGAGGACAAGGUCCUGCCUCUGUCCUAACAUUGCCAUAUGAUCCUUAAGGCAAGCAGGUAGCAUGUCCAUAGUACUUGGUUGUGACUUUUGCACUACAUCCACUUUAGUUACUUGAUGAGCUGGCUGUGGCCAAGGUGGCCCACCUGUCCUUCCUUGUCUUUCUUGCACGUGCUCCUUCCAGGCCUAGUUUGUAUACCCAAAUGGGUGAAACACAGCUUUCUACCAUCUAGGUAUUGUCCAGGCCUGGUCCAUAGCCCUCUUGGAGCCAACCUUCAAGGUCAUCUGUGCCCCUGCUUUGCCCCAACCUGGCUGGCAGGGCUGCAUGUUUCCAUCCUGUUUGCCUCUUUUAUUUAAUGCCAAAGUUUUAGCCAAAGACAUCUUCCUCUUUUGUUCAGUUUCAGCAUUGUGUUCUGCACUGUGGGCUGGCUCCCCUGCCCCAACCCUGGGCAGUGUCCCCUAGCUGGGUCCACUUAAGACCUCUGGGGACUCAAGGAGGGCUGGGCUUCUCAGUCUCUUCGUGGGUCUUGCUAAGGAAAGUAGUAUAUGUGCUUUAAAAAAAAAAAAAAUCCUUUUGAAAAGAAUUGAGAAGAGAAAUGUAUAAUUUUAUCCCAUUUUUAAUAUUUUGGUCUAGCAACUUGUGAUACAUAGAUGACGAUUUUGUGAGUUUUUCAAAUGUGUGUACAGAUUUUUGUAAAUAUGACUUUUGUAAUUAACUCAUGUACAGCCUCAUCCUGUAUAGUUUAACAAUGAAUGUGCAGGGGUCCUGCCCUGGACUCCUAUGUGGUUACUGGGCCUACAGCUAGGCUUGUAUGGCACUCCUGUGACUUUGUGAUUGACAGGUGUCUUCCCAUUUGGACUGUGGCCUGGCCAGAGAUCCCUACACACAGCCCACUGUUGGGGGCAGCUGGGACUGUUCCUAUUCUCCUGGAAUGGGGGGACCUUUCUCAUCCCCAGCCCAUAACCCCUCCAAUAAAAACCUAUGCCCUCAGCAGCGGCCCACCAUGUUCCGUUGCUGGGAUGUUUGUACUAAAAUAAG